CAAUCUGGAAAUGGGGGUUACCUUGUCUCCCUCUCUCUCUCUUUUUAUAUAUAUAUACAUAUGUAUUGAUGAUUCUUAUUUGUAUCAUUAGCGGAUGUCUUCUUAUUUUAUCAUGUCUAUGCCUUCUUGCCAAAACUGUACCUGAUUUACGGUCUUCUGUACUAGCUUAUGGCAAGUUGAAUGAAACAGCCGAUCAACCUCGCUCCAACUGGGCCAUGGAAUUGCAAUCCUUGACGGUUCCCAAGACCUGGUUUACUCAUUUUUACGCUGUUGGGUUUAUAUUCAGUCUAUACUGUUGGUACGAGCUUGUUUUUUUAUCGCCAUUAAAUACUACUAAUGAUCUUGGUCCUUUAUUGCUAUUAUUGAAAUACUGGGAUGCUCCUGCAGGUGGUGAUCGCGUGCCUUGGUCUGUGUGCAAACUUGGUCUUUUAUUGAUGACUUGUCAUUUAGCACGUCGGCUAUAUGAAUCUCAAGUGAUUGAACGUCCUUCUUCUCUUGCUCGGAUGCAUAUCUCUCACUAUCUAGUCGGUUUGGGUUUUUAUGGAGCUAUGGUGUUUGGUACUUGGUUGGAAGGUGUAGCCACAUUACCGAUAUGGCAAGAUCAUCCGAAUGUUUCUUCUAAUGAUAUCUCAUUCUAUAGUAUGAUGAUAGGGGUAUGUCUCUUUUUGUAUGCAUCCAAACAUCAAUAUCAAUGUCAUGUUAUACUCGCAUCAUUACGAACAACUGAAAGUAACAACAUAAGGAAGAAGGAUAAAGAUAAUCGUCGUUAUCGUAUACCUCAUGGUGAUUGGUUUGAAAUCUGGGUAGCUCCUCAUUAUAUAUGCGAUAUUCUCAUCUAUCUUUCUCUGUGUAUCAUUUAUCAAGGUCGAAGUAUCAUCCUACUCUGUGGAUUCUUAUGGACUUUAUUGAAUCUUUCUGUUACUGCCUCUGAAACCAAAUCUUGGUAUGUUACCACCUUUCCUGAUUUUCCUCGUCAACGUUGGAUCUUGGUACCUGGUUUAUUUUAAUCAUGCUCAUACAGAUAUACACAUAUUCCAUUUUCCCAUUGCCCUUCAUAGAAUAGAUACAAUACAACUUUUUUAUACCAUCAUUCAUAAAAUAAAAUAUAAUAAAUAAAAAAAAAAAAG